AGUGUAUACCCGGGGAGUCAUGUCGGUCACGACACCACCUUCACCUUCACCUGUGGUGUCGUUUUUGGCACCAUCUGUUGUUGAGGUCCGCGUAUCGACUGACGGCAAACAUGACCAUUAGGACACUGAGAGAUUAUGGUCAGCACUACCGACCACGGAUGGCAUGCCUAAAAAAUGUGGAGGUGUUUGUGGUUGAGAUGCAGGAUCCUAAGAGUGGGGUGAAGGGUGCCGACCAGAAACUCAACGUAACCAUCAUCCCACACGUCAUCAACGGGCAGGACAUUUUAGCAUGGAUUGUCACCAAAAUGAAGGUUACCACAGAAGAGGCCCAGGCGUUUGGGACCAUGCUGGUGGCCUACGGGUACAUCUACCCCCUCCAGAACCACAGGAAGUUGGUCCUGGUCCCCGACAGCACCCUCUACCGCUUCCAGACCCCUUAUUUCUGGCCUGUGCAGAAGUUCCCCGCUGAGGACAUAGACUAUGCCAUCUACCUGGCCAGGAGAAACAUCCGGAAGAAGGGGAUGCUGGAGCCCUAUGAGCAGCAACACUACGACAAUCUCCACAAAUGGAUGAACCCCAAGUGGGAUUUCAUCGUGAUGCAGGCUACAGAACAGUACAAGGCUAGUAAAGAGAGGAAGAAGCCAGACAGAGUGGUGUUGGACUGUCAGGAGAGAGCCUACUGGAUAGUACACAGACCACCACGUCGGACACACAGUGCCAUGGACUACGGGCUGGACCGUCUCAUUGACCCCAAUGCAGAGGAGGUGUUAACCUUCGACAUGGUCAGGAGAACUAACAUUUUCCUUACACAAGCCUUAAUGAGGUCAGCUGUCAAAUCGUCUGUGUCCCUCACAGCCUUUGUCAAGUAUGUGACAACCCACCACAACCACGACCCGUUCCUGACCACCCCUGUCCCCAGCAACCCCUGGAUAACGGACAGUGAUGAGUUCUGGCAACUCAACUCAAGAAGUGUGGACAUCCCCACUAAGUUGAGUGUGGAACGUUGGGUCUUGAGCUUCUGGGAGCUGAUCAGUGACCCACGAGGCAGAGUCGACUUCAAGCUCUUCCUCAAGAAGGAGCACAGUGCGGAGAACAUGGCGUUCUACGAGGCAGCUGAGGAGAUGAGGUGGGGAGCAGCGUCUGCCAUUCCAGAGAAAUCCCAGUUCAUCUUCAACACCUUUCUGAAACCGGGAGCUCCUCGAUGGAUCAACAUUGAUGGUCGUACCAUGGGGCUGACAGUGAAGGGCCUGGUUGUUCCUCACCGAUACGUCCUCGACGCCGCCCAGACACACAUCUUCCUGCUCAUGAAGAAGGAUACCUUCUACCGUUACCUCAAGUCUCCGGUCCAUAAAGACAUGCAGAAGAGGGCUCUGGUCCCGGCGCCUCACGUCUUCACUGAUGCCCAGUUGGAGGCCAAUGUGAGGAAUCGUAACCCAGGCAUCAGCCCCAUCCUGCUGUGGCAGCAGGAGGAGGAGGAGAAGGCAGCAGCAGCUGCUGCUGCCAGGCCCAUUGACGUCAAAGCUAUGGUGGCCACCAACAAGCUGGACAGGAAGUAGAGAGAGCCCAGGGCAUCAUGGGAAAUUGAGUUUAAUAUACAUACUGUUGUUCAUCUAAUAUAUAUUUAGUUUCCAUGGAGAUGGUGUUACAUAGGACUACUUAAUGUCCUAAAUAAUGGACAUAUUAGUUAUUGUUUUAAUGGAGAUAUUGGUUAUUGUUUUAAUGGAGAUAUUAGUUAUUGUUUUAAUGGAGAUAUUGGUUAUUGUUUUAAUGGAGAUAUUGGUUAUUGUUUUAAUGGAGAUAUUGGUAUUGUAUAGAAUAAUUUAUGUCCUCGACAACUGAUGUCAAGCCAGUACGGAUUGGUUGAUUGAGGGAAAUAAGCUAUUGGCUGUUGAGUACCUGUGUAGCGUUAAGGCCAGUUACUGUACUAAGAAUGAAUCUGCUGACCAGAUGAUAAAAAGCUACUUCAGUUCAGAUGGACAGGGACAGGGGACAGGACCGUCUGUAGGGGCCCUCUGCUGCACUGGAGACAUAUAUACACCUGGAAGAGCCACAAAUGGAACGUGAAGAGGAACAUGACUGUUAGAAGGAAAUGGAAGCCAUAGAUAGAUAACAGUUGUUACCAGUCUACAACUAGAUAGAUAACAGUUGUUACCAGUCUACAACUAGAUAGAUAACAGUUGUUACCAGUCUACAACUAGAUAGAUAACAGUUGUUACCAGUCUACAACUAGAUAGAUAACAGUUGUUACCAGUCUACAACUAGAUAGAUAACAGUUGUUACCAGUCUACAACUAGAUAGAUAACAGUUGUUACCAGUCUACAACUAGAUAGAUAACAGUUGUUACCAGUCUACAACUAGAUAGAUAACAGUUGUUACCAGUCUACAACUAGAUAGAUAACAGUUGUUACCAGUCUACAACUAGAUAGAUAACAGUUGUUACCAGUCUACAACUAGAUAGAUAAGUUGUUACCAGUCUACAACUAGAUAGAUAACAGUUGUUACCAGUCUACAACUAGAUAGAUAACAGUUGUUACCAGUCUACAAAAUGUAUUUUAUAUUUGUGUGUGUUUUUAAGUCUCACAUGUCCCAUACCUCUGUAGGUGGUGUAUUGUCUGUCUGUCUGUCUGUCUGUCUGUCUGUCUGUCUGUCUGUCUGUCUGUCUGUCUGUCUGUCUGUCUGUCUGUUUCUACAACACUACUAUGUCAAAGCUGAACCUGUCUACACACUCCUGUCUGUCUGUCAGUGUAUAGAACAUGUUGUCUGUCUGCAGGCCGACGUUUUGUUUCCCUCUACCUCUGUUCUGAUAAUCCGGUCUCCGACACAAUUAUUAUAAAAUAUGUAAUAAAACCAUAAUCCUUUUAUGAA